AAGGAUCAUUUGUUGUUUCAUAAAGAACAGAGACCUUUUCAAGAAGGGAAAUAAUGUGACUCAGUUGGCCGCGUUACAGUCUUAUCGGGCGAAAUGAUUGGGCGACUCCAUUUGAUGAUUAAAUGUGGUUUGGUGGUAUUAUGCCUUGGGAAAUACAGUAUUGUUUUUGAUAAACAGACAUUUAGUCAUGUGAAUGAUUCCACUGAGCAAUCAUGGGAUACAUUAAAUUAUCCCCACGAAGUAAGAUUGUGUAUGCACGAUCUUCCAGUUGUCCCCAAGGAACCUUUGAUUUUGAACAGCACUUUUAAUGCCACCGUCGAGCGGGGCAUCCUUUUGGAAAUCUACCGAUUGACCAAUGGGCUGAAUUGGACGAAUAGUUCAGGCUGGGGAGGUUCAGGCUCUCAUUGCCAGUGGUAUGGAGUUGGGUGCAGUAAUAUAACAAAUGGACGUGUCACAGUUUUGACUCUUGAGGCCAACAGACUACAAGGUACACUUCCUUCGACGCUAUGGAUGCUGAGAGAUUUGCAAGGACUUUGUUUGGAUGCAAAUCCUGGGCUCUAUGGAAAAAUGGGGGAUUUUCUUUCUUCAAAUAUGACGAGGUUAAUGAGGCUCGAUCUUGCUAGCUGUAAUCUCGAUGGUGUUAUUCCAGAUGAAAUCAUUGCAGGUUCAAAGUCUUUGGUAAAACUUCAGUUAAGCGGAAACAAGCUUAGCGGAGUUAUUCCACCAUCUAUAGGCCAGCUGACCGAGCUUCAGGUAUUGAGCCUAGGAGAAAACACCCCAAUUACCGGUAAAGUUCCUGAGGGAGUCGGUAACCUUUCGAAACUUUGGUUUCUCGACCUUGAAUCUUUGGGAGACCUUGAUACCACAAUAAAACCGUUUCUGGGUCUUUCAUCUUUGAAAUUUCUACACAUGUCAGAAAGCGGUAUACAUGGAACAUUGCCAGAUGACUUCGGAUCUUCAUUUCCCCUUCUGUGGGAAUGUCUGCUAAGCAGAAAUUAUCUGCAUGGAACCAUUCCAAAAACAAUGGGAAAAUUGACUGCUCUCGCUCACUUAAAUCUGGCCGGGAACAAGUUCAGCGGACAGGUACCAAAAGGUUUGGGCGAACUUAAUAAUUUGGAGGUCAUUGAUCUGUCAAAUAACUCGCUCAGUGGAUUCGAAGAAGGAUUCAGCUUCAAUUCUAGCAAGCUCGCGCUUUUAACUGUUGCGCAAAAUAGAGAUUUUUCUACCCAGUUGUCUCGUGUUUUUAAAAUACUGCAAUCUGCAAUCAAUUCUCUCAGAAGGCUCGACUUUGGUGGGUGUCAUCUGACUGGAGAUAUUCCACACGUAAUGUGGUCGUUUAUGAACUUAAUUGAAUUCAAUGUCAAAGACAACUUGCUGUCUGGAUUCUUACCGUUGCCAGGCCAAAACAUGUUGUUCCUUAUUACGCUUGAUUUCUCAGGGAAUAAACUUAUGGGAGAUAUUCCCGAAUAUUACGCCGAUCUGUUAGGUCUUCAAACCUUUGACGUGUCUCGUAAUCCAUCACUCAGAUAUGCCGGGGGAGAUUCGCCGAAAAUUCCCAGAUUUGCGAAGACGGACAAGAGCACGAUGAUACGGGAAAACAAAAACGAUCAUUACACGUGUCCUGUGAUCAGGUUUAGGUACAACAGUGGCAUUAUUAAGAUGGAUUCGACGUAUUACGACAAACGUUCUUUCUCGGCCCUCGCACCUUGUUUGGAAGACAUCGACCGUCGGUACAUGGGCCAGAAUCCUUGGGUCGAUUGCCCAAGUCACGAAUAUAGGGUCAUGCGAAUCCUUGGUUACUGUUCCUUAGGGGCGUAUAUUUUAGGCGUUCCUUUUAUCUUGUUCCUUCCCCUCUUGAUCUGCGCUUUUUGGAACAAAGGUAAUGGAGUUAACCGUGAAGGAGCUGGCGGUGAAAGAAAUGAAAGGGACUUUUGGAUGGGCUUUUUGUAUCUGGCAUAUAAAGAGGAAUUUCGAAGUUAUAUUGAAAUCUUUUUCUUGCUUCGCAGAGCUGUAUUUGCCGCGAUCCUCUCCUUCAUUUCGUAUCAUUCGCCCUUUCAGGUGCCUGUUUUGACGGUUGGCUUUUUGAUUUGCCUGCAUUUCAUCGUGGUGUGCAAGCCCUACGAAUGCUCGUCAUAUUUGAAAGUUGGCCGCUUUAAGGUCAACGUGGAAAAUGGUCUCGAAUGCUUGAUUCUCGUCGUGUUGUUGCUAUCGUUCGUUUUCCUCGGUCAAGAGUCUGCACGAAAGAGCCAAAAUGUGGCGUUGCUUUGGCUGGUUAUUGCGGGCAACAGCCUUGCUACGGUCGUAUGUAUCGCCGCAGCUGUUAUGAGGUUGGUCAGAAAAGUAGAGCAACCGACACCUCCGGCAAGCGCUCAAGCUUCUGAAACACAGAGCCUUCUUCCAGAAAAUGGACAAACGAGUGGUAAUUAUGGUUCUACGGAUAGCGCAGCAUCUGCUGUCGAAGAUGGGCAAUAG